AUGAAAUGGAGGUUGAUGUACCAGGUAAGCAUUCUUUUAAAGGUUCUGUUUGCACCAGCUACUAACAUCUCAGAUGGACAGGAGAAGAAACGAUUUGAAGUCAAAAAGUGGACAGCAGUGGCGUUCUGGUCCUGGAAUAUGGUCGUGGAAACUUGUGCCAUUUGCAGAAACCAUCUGAUGGAGCCGUGUAUUGAUUGCCAGCCAAACAGUACCUCCCAAAGCAAUAUCGAAUGUGCCACAGCUUGGGGAACUUGUAAUCAUGCCUUCCACAUGCAUUGUAUCACAAGAUGGCUUAAGACUAGAAAUGUUUGUCCUCUAGAUAACGGAGAAUGGGUUCUACAAAAAUAUGGAAACUAG